AUGAAUGUCACAGGCGCACAACCCCAAGCCCGGGAGGAGCCCUCGGGGAGUCCGCCUCUGCCAGGUCCAUUUGGAUACUCUUUUGGUGCGAAUCAGGACACUCCAUACGAUCCCGGCCCAGCCCCUCCACCUGGUCCUUCUCUUCUCGAUGUCAGCGAGUCAAACAUGCUCGAUAAUUUCUUUACCACCUUGAAUACCGGUCAACUAGACAUGGGGGAUACUUGGUUCAAUGCCCUCUCUCAAGAGAAAGGAACGAAUCCGUUUGGGCUUGACUGGGCAGACGAACUCCCGCCGACAUUCGAGGGCUCUGCGACGUCUUUAUCACAAGCUCCGGCACUACCAUACAACAGCAAUAAUGGACCCAAAAGAACAAACAGUUUAAUGGGCGGAAUGGGCCCAGACUCGGAUAUCCUCGCUGCCGCCUCAAUGCUAUAUGGAAAUGGAAUACAUACCGCUUCUAAUUUCGGCACGCACAACUUCUUUCCCGACAGUGCAAUGCACGGGAUUCCUCCUACAUCUCAACAUCAACAUCAACAUGCUUUAAAACAAGAGGAAGAGGACCGCCCACAUCAACGACUGCUUCGGCCGCAGCAUACUACAUCCUUUAAUCUCGAACAACCCACACCGGCAGAUCCACGAACAACAACCAAUGUCCGCACUCUCCGUUGGGGAUCAGAUGCCGGGUUUGUUGACCAGGGCUACCUUAGGCCACCAGAAAUGCCAAAUGUGGAGGAACAGACGAAUAGCCUGCUCGAUCACGUAACUGUGCUUCUCCCCGAUGACUCGACGAGUGCAACCAAUACCAGAGCAACAAGCCCUGCACGAAACCCUCCUGAAAAUGCCAACGACUCGGGAUGGGGUGUUACGGACGACAAAAACGCGUCUCACUUGCGUCAAGGCAGCCGCGAUAAGACGGAGAGUAACUUGCCUCCGAGGAAACGGUUGAAAGCAAAGUCUCGGCCCGACGAAAAUUCAGACGAUACUGGCACCCCUCCAAGGAUGAAGAGACCUAAGAGUUCGUCUGGCGGCAAGCAGAGGAGGGGUUCUAAUGAUCUAUUGUCUCGAAAGCUCAGCAGUAAAGCUGCUCGGGAGAACUUGACAGAGGAGCAAAAGCGCACCAAUCAUAUAUUAUCAGAGCAGAAACGACGAAAUCUCAUCAAAACUGGCUUCGAAGACCUCUGCUCUCUUGUGCCCGAAUUACGAGGAGGCGGAUUCAGCAAGAGCGCUAUGCUUCUACAGGCUGCCGAUUACCUUGACGAGGUUCUCCAGGGCAACGACGUGCUCAGGCAACAAUUAAACCAACUCAAGGCAAUGAAUGGCUUCUUGAUCCCACGCUAA